CUAGGCUUUCCAUCUUAAGUUGUCUGAUUUAGGUUCGUUCCACAUUGCGGUUUGUAUUACCCCAACACAUUCACAUCUGACUACACCGUGCGCUUUCAUCAGUGGCUAUGGUGGACAUUCCGUCUACAGCUGCGGAUACAGCCUCUGCUGUCCUCGCGCUGAGCAAAGCAGCCUGGAAGCUAGGAAGCUCCCUCUCGAAGCUCGAUCAGGACACCAAAACCGCCGAUACUACAAUCCAGAAUCUAGCAGGGGAGGUUAAGUUGCUUGGAAAUGAAUGCGAUCUUGUAUAUGCUGAGUUGGAAGAAGUAGUAAUCAAGCGUGAGACAAGGUCACCUCCACCUGAUGAUGUCGAUGGGAGGAUUUGGAAUUGUCUCGCAACGCAUGUGGAAGAGACCAGUCGAACAAUUCAAGAGUUAGAGCUGUUGGUCAAGAGUAUUAGAGGAAAAGAAACCAGUUUCAUGGGUCAGGCCCAGCGUCAGAGGAAGCUGGACAAAAGCAAAGCUCAGGUUGCAAGUAUCAGGACAAGGAUUUGUAGGCACACCGACAACUUGCAUAUUACGCUACUAUUAAUCAAUACGGUACUCACACACAUUGCGCCUCGUCGAGCUAAUCGCGGGCUUGUCAAAGAACUGGACAAAUUGCACGCUAUGAUUGAGAAGCUGCAGAGAUCAUCGGAAGCCAAUCCGCAGUCGCGAACUUCUCAAACUGAGGCCACCCUAAUGCAAUGUGCGCGUGAAGUUAUUGUGAAUGGGACGGCCAUGUACGAGGCAAGUCUGGCUGCGCAGCCCUUCGGUAGAAGUCAAGGAGCAGCAAAUGGUAGCAUCCGCGUUGCGGAAUGGGUCAAUACUUUGGAUUCAAUACGACUGGACCAGCGACGUUCGGAUCCUUCAGAAAUGGUCUCUGGCGUCCCCCCCAUCUUUUCUGGGGGCAGAGCACAUCGCGACAGGACGAGCGCGACUUCUGUGCAACAUGCUGAGCAGCACGAGGCUAUUGAUACAGUAGGGGACGAUUCUGACGAUGAUUUGGACACCGAUCUUGCGAAAGCAGCGCUGGACACUGGCACAAAAGCUUUCGAAGCGCAAGAAUGGGAGGAGGCCGAUUCUCUUCUUCAAGAAGCGCUACGAGUUCUGCAGCAGCUUUCGGACCAACAGCGAUCAUUCUGCGACCUCUUCGGUCUUCAGUAUAAACUCGCUGUCUGUGCGUAUCACAUACAAGAGCCUGCGGUUGCCGAAGAAGCUCUUGUGAGCCUGGCGCAACAGUCAGUGAGCUCCGAUGAACAACGCGGGUACACUUACAACGCGGCACACCUACUGUCGCAAUUGUACAUCCGCAUGGGCCAGAUCGAUCAUGCAAGAUCUGAGUGUGAGACAGCUUUACAGGGCCGGAGACGGUUACUGGGUAAGCAGAGUGAUGCCGCGUUGGAGUCAACAGCGCUGGCGGCACACAUAUAUGUCUUGCUCAACAACCGCGCUCGAGCUAAAUCUUACCUUGCCAUGAUACCGGAAGCACGCAGAGACGCCGUUCUAAAGACUGUUGAAGAGUCACUUGAUACAAUGGUGGAGCAUCUCGAUGCUUUGUCAAUACGGACUCGACCGAUCUCCGAAGACUUAAAUCUAGCAGUGCAGCGCAUUGAGAAUAGAUUCUCUGCGUCUUCUCUCCUGCCGCCCAUAGAAAGCGGUGGCCACGGGUCUGUAUUUGCGAUGAUCUCUCCAUCACUAGCUGCUAGUCCUCUGCAACCACACCAGCCAAUACCGUCAUAUACAGCGAGUGUGGAGGAUCUACCGCCCGUUGCGAUGCCACCUCUUCCGUCAGUAAAGGAAAGAAGCGGGUCGAGAGCGGAUGAAGAGCAUCACCCCGCAAGCCAGGAACCACUUGGUAACGCAGCUCGGAGUCCAGGAGAAACCCGGGACGUAAACGAAGCCUCCGAUAGCAAAACGUUAUCUCGAAAGGAGAUACUUGACAGGAUCGGAUGUCAACCUAGAGAUCGAAUCGAAGACGCUGUCUGCGAUGGUGACCAUUCAGCCUUCGCUAGUCUUCUCAACCGGAAAAAAGAUUUUUGGUGGUCAAAGUGGCGCAAGCACGCCCGCCCAGAACGCAUAACAGCACUGCACUUCGCUGCACUCUUUGGCGAGAUUGAUAUGGCCCAGUGCCUACUAGGCUCGGGUUAUAACAUCAAUGAAAUCCCGUAUGGAUACACAACAAGCCUCCACCCCUUGAAGUUUGCCAUUGGUGCCCGGCAAGUGGAUAUGGUUGAAUUUCUGAUUGCGAAAGGGGCUAAGCCGACUGAGCCUGAUUCAUGGUCGACUUUGGCUGGGCAAUUGAUGAACCGCUCAUGGUUGAUGAAAACCAUGUCGGAGGCUGAGAAGGAAUAUGUUCCAACCCAGAUAAUUGCGAUCUUGCGGACCUUACUCAGGCAUGGGUGGAACGUGAAUGAGCCGUUCGAGACGUCCGGCGGAACGGUUUUUCAUCAGGCUGUCACUUUUUGGACGGGUUCAUACAGUUGGGAUCUAAAUCUUCGCGUUACCAUCGCUUCUUUCCUGUGUGAGCGAGGUGCAGAUCCUUUCCAAACAAACAAAGAAGGCAAAACGCCCUACGACCUGGCAUUGACUUCCGGUCACAACAACCUCUUGCUGGUUCUCGGUCGAGGCUCGGAAAAGAGAGUACCAGAACGUGAGCCCGAAGAGCUAUUUGAGCUCUCCGGUGAGCCAAUUCGUAGCCGCAAACACAUCCCCUCAUAA